AUGGUCAGCCAGGCUGAUGAUGUUGCAGGAAUAAUAUCUUGGCAUGGAUUGGAAUAUCUGGGGCCAGAACUUGAUGCUAUGAAAGCUGUUGCCGAUGCUUACUCCAGGCGAUCUUUGAAACUCUUUGAGAUUGCUCUUUGCAACUUUAAGUCUCGGCUUGAUGAAGAUCCUAUUGUCCAGCGCCAUCUCUCUUCACUCUACGACACUUUAAUAGAGCAAAAUCUCUGCAGGUUGAUCGAGCCUUUCCCAAGGGUCGAGAUUGCUAAUAUUGCUGAGUUGAUUGAGUUGCCAGCUGACCAUGUUGUGAAAAAGUUAUCUCAAAUGAUAUUAGAUAAGAAGUUUGCAGGGACACUGGAUCAGGGUGCUGGAUGCCUUGUAAUUUUUGAGGAUCCUAAGCGAGAUGUGAUUUACCCGGCUACACUGGAAACCAUUUCAAGUAUGGCUGUUUUUCUUGUGUUUUGUGCUUAUGACAUUGAAAUUGUUUUUGAUUACUUUGAGCAGAGCUACGAUGUGAACAUAGACUAG